AACUAAAUCCCCACUUCCGGCAGUUGGUGAGUGUGUUGAAAAAAAACUACAUUUCCCGUCAGCGUCGCUAUAAGCCCCGCCUCUAAUGGAGGAUCAGGAAGCAGUAGGCGUGUUUUCGUGCUGUCAUAUGGAGAAUGGCAUCGGGACUGUUCAAAUGUGUCGAGUGCAACGAAGAUGCAACCGAACUGUAUCGAGACUACAGCCAUGGCAUACUAAAGCUCACUAGAUGUAGUUCAUGCAAGAAGCCGGUUGACAAAUACAUAGAAUAUGAUCCAGUUAUUAUUCUGAUAGAUGCCACUCUAUGCAAAAUCCAGGCUUUCAGACAUAUACUUUUCAACACUGAGAUCAAUAUCCACUGGAAACUGUGUGUGUUCUGUCUGCUGUGUGAGGCGUAUCUGCGCUGGUCCCUCCAGCAGGGGUCCCAGCACAGCAAUGACCCCGCUGACAUCAUUCGUUACACCAAAGAAUGGGAGUUUUAUUGCAUGUUUUCACUGGCUGCACUGGAGUUGGCGGUGUUCUGCACAGGUGUGUUGGUCGUUCUCUGGACUGCGUGGCUCUUCUCCGCUGCUCCUUUUGACUUAACUCCGCUGUUAAAGGCACUUCUGCUGUCCGGCUAUGGCAAAGUGCUGUUGAUCCCGGCUGUCAUCUGGGAGCACGAUUUCUCCCCGCUCUGCUUCGGCCUCAUACGACUGUUCGUUCUGACCUCCAAUUCACAAGCCAUUAGAGUGAUUCUGAACUGCAGUCGGCGUCUGUCUCUCCUGGCGGUGUGUGGAGGCUUGCUGUUGGAGAUGUGGGUCGCCCAGGCUUUAAAAACACUGCAAGUCUGUUCACAAGACUAUCUGUCAAUGCUCUAGACUGGAAGGAGACGAGGACUUCACCGUCAGGAUUGUCUCAAACCUUUGACCCCAUGUAUCAAACAGUCCCGUCUAAAUAUAAAUGGAUGCUCUGAAUUGAUCCAAAGCAUUUUUUGUGAAAGAUUCAAGAGUCAACGAGACAGAAAGUUUGAUUUAUGAAGCUGUUUACCUUGUUAAAUCUCAGAUGCUUGGCAUUACUUCAGAGAUGUUGUUUGAUUAAGAUGUUUUCGUAGAAAGGAAUUUGUUGUGAAACUAAAUGAGGUCAUCGAGAGCAAAUUGUUCAUCUUUACUAUGGUUACCACAUGGUUAUGAGUUUGUACAUGCAUAUAUGCCUGGUAUGUACUAAGCUAACCUCUUUGAAGAGCGGUAACUUGUUUUCACUCGAGUUCUCCUCAUACACAGAAACUAGUCUUAUAUAGGCAGAAAAAGAGCAGGCCUGCCGUUUUCACGAAAUCCUGUAUGUUUAUAAAGACUUUAAAGGCACAGCUUCACAUUCCUGAGGUCAUUUGUCAAAUGCCUCCAUUAGCUGUGCUGAGAGAAGACCGUAAAUACCGUAAUGACCUGAAUGUCUGUUUUAUAAUGGCCGGUUUAUGUAUGGACUUGUGUAUGGUGUAAUCUAUCUCUGUUACAUAAAUGUGAAGUGUGGACUUUUUCAGUAUGAACUUGUGCAACUUGUUUUGAACAAACUCAGGGAAUAAAUCUUGCACUUCUUUGUGAAA